AUGGCUCUUGAUAUGCCCUCAAAACCCCAGAAAAUUGCAAUUGCUGGUGGUGGGUAUAUUGCUGUAGAAUUUGCUGGUAUUUUCAAUGGUUUGAAGAGUGAAGUCCAUGUAUUUAUUAGGCAGAAGCAAGUUUUAAUAGGCUUUGAUGAGGAGAUCAGAGAUUUUGUUGCUGAACAGAUGUCAAUAAAAGGAAUUAAGUUCCAUACAGAGGAAUCACCUCAGGUAGUCAUAAAAGCUCCAGAUGGUUCACUCACUCUGCAGACAUUCAAAGGAAGUGUUGAAGGUUUCUCACAUGUCAUGUUUGCGACAGGCCGUAGACCAAACACUAAGGCUGCGUUUGGUGACUUUCUAUUGUGA